GGCGACCUCGGCCUCGGAGAGUCGUUCAUGGACGGCGAGUGGGAGACGGACGAUCACGAAGGGCUGAUCCGCGAGCUGCUGAAGCUGGAAGCCGUCAAGAGGAACCCGCAGGUGCUGGAGAAGGAGGCGUACUUCGCCGAGGGUGUCAUGCAGAACGACCUAAACACGAGGUUGGACACCAAGGUGGACAACAUGGUUUUGGCGGACGAGCAGGCGAAGGUGGCGGCGGUGGAGAUAUCGGCAGGAGAGUUGUACGAGGCCGAUAGGGUGAACCUUCGUCUCAAGAGCGAGGUGGAACCCGAAAACGACGUGAACUCUCUCGAUGGAUGGGACAAGUACGCGGAAGAGCAGGUGGCCGAGAGCGACGCGAUCCUGCGCAAGGGGAGAAGAUCGCCCACGAGGCCCUGCAGGUGGAACUCGCCAUCGACGCUUGCCAGCAUGUGGAGCAACGCGAACGCGAGGACCUGCAGAGGGGGGUUUGAGAACGACGUGAACCUGCAUGCGGUCAACGACGAGUACAGAGCCCAGCAGGAAGAGCGCGAACACGCAAGGAACCCACACAAUGUGAAGGACAAGCUCGCGGCCAAGCAAAAGGCGGGCGAGGGCGAGGCGACAGUGUAG